UCAGUCAACACAUUCUAUUACAAAGUAAGUGCAAAAUACUGCAUCCCAGCACACAUGGCACGACGAUGCACUGUGUCUCUCAGUAUCUGGUUGACAUGACUUGGCAUUAAUUGGGGUAUAACUUUUGUGUCCGUGGUUAAAACAAGAUGUUCAUGCACUGAGUAGUUGGUGCCCUGAUAUAAAUGAAAUUGUGGUGUGCAUCAUGGCAGGCGUGGAGUACUGGUGUGUUCACUGUCCAGACUCAUUGGCAUGAUUGAGAGCAAACGUGAGCGGUCACGGCCUACAGCAGGGUGUGACCAAGUAAAAUAUAAAAAAUCUCCAAAGAAUCGCUAGCUUUAUUUAAAUAUAGCUAAAAUAACUCCUUUUCACCAAAAAAAAUAAAUUAAAUAAAAUAAAAGUCACAGCUAGAAUGAGAAAGUAAAUAAAUUUGACAAAAUCCCCAAAAUAGGCAACACUGGUAUUUAUUGCCAUUAUUGGUUUGGAGAAUGAAGAAUUAAAGGGAUAGUUCACCCCCAAAAAAAAAAGUUCUGUUUACUCACUCUCAAGCUGUUCCAAACCUGUAUGAAUCACUUUCUUAUGCUGAACACAAAAAAAUAUAUAACUAAAGAGUCCCCAUUUACGUGUAUGGAGAAGAAGUCACUAGGGACCAAACAUUUUGGUUAUCCACAUCCAGGUCUUCAAAAUAUCUUAUUUUGUUUUCCAAAGAAUGAAAUUCAUACAUAUUUGGGACAACUUGAAGGUGAGUAAAAGAUGAUAGUUUUUAACUAUCCCUUUAAGUCUGGAGCACUGUGAGUUGUUUUCACUGCUAUAGUUGUUGUCACAGCCCACUUUUCAGCUAUUAAGUAACUUUAAUAUGACUCUAAUAAACAGCAAAUCUUCUGUUACUAUCAUUAGUAUAAAGAUGGUCACACACAUGGAGAUGCAGCUAAUUCACAUUUAUGCUUAAGGACCUCACUCAGAGCACUUGCCGUUAAAGUAUUAGUUUUUAAAAAUGAACUGUUUUGUUAUUAUAUAAUUCUAUUUGGGAAUCUUUUUUAUCUAUGGAACUGUUGAAAAUAUUUGAGAUCAGAUCUUAAUGCCUGUUUAAUGCUUUCAUAAUAUCGACAACUGGCCCGUCAUAAGCAGAUAUUGAUGUAUCUGAUAUUUAGAAAAAGAUGCAAUGCAUAUGUUUCAGUCUGGCUGAAAUGUUUUUCUGGCUUGAUCUGAAUGCAGUCUUUUAUUAUACCUAAGAGCAAUGCUGUGAAAUUCUCUAGCCAAUUGUCUAAACAUUUUCUGAAAAGCAACAUUGUCAUGAGGACAGGACAAGCUCACAGCACAGCAGUUCGAAGAGCACAUGAAUGGUUCAUCCGGCUGCUAGACUCCGUGAGACAGUGACCGUGAGAGCAUGUUCAUGAUGGGACUACCAUGGCUGCUAGUUCUGGAGCUUGUCCUUUACGCUGGGUGUUUCAUCUGCGGGGUGAUAGCUGCUGCCUGGAUGACACUCACUCAGGGCCACUUUGAUGGACGGUGCAUCCUCUAUGGAAGUGUUCAUUAUAAUGCAUCUGGCCAGGCUCUGACCGUGGAAGGCUCCAGUUCUCCUUCAGUCUGCUAUUUCGUGUCUGCCAUUUCUGUGUGCAUGGCUAUUUACUGCUUUUCCCUUAUUCUAUACUGGAUCUAUGCCAGCUGUGUAGAUGAGGAUGUGAGAAGGGGGACUGUUUCUCUCAACACUUCUCUGGGAGUCUGUGGUCUCCUUCUGUUUGUUCUCAUGGUAUCAGGAUGUAUUCUCAAGAUCGGUCGAGACAGCCUUUGUUUCUCUGUCCUUCACAACACUCCCUCUAUUACAAGUUGUGAAGAUGCAGAGAAUAAAACUUGGGCCCAUCCAUACACCGGAAAUCAGUUCUACACAGGACUGUACAGUACUGAGAGAUCUAUGUGGGUAAGCUUCUUCUUCUGGGUGUUAAUAACGGCUGUGGUGGUCAUGCAGAGACGCCAGAGCUCAAGGUUGAAGGUUUGGGGUGAUGAUGAAUUUAGCCGUGCUGAGACGGAGCCCUUUCUCCAUCGCCCAUCCCGCCAUAGAUAAAUAAGCUGUUCUAUUCCUAUAACAUGAGCUUAUCAUGUAGUGUUUAGUGUAUACACUCAGAUGGGACCACAAGCAGUUAUGAAAUACCUAAUAGUAAUAAUAUUUUCAUUGCAACAUUUGAGUUUUUAAUUAUUCACAUAAACAGUUUUUUUUUUUAUGUAUGAUAGCUAAAAUAAUAUACACAGUUUUAAAAUAUGUCCAGAGAGACAAUAAUCAUGUCUUAGACCAUGUGUUUGGACAUAUACACCAGGAUAAAUUCAUAAUGGCUUAUAUACACUCUUAUCUUAUCUUUACAAAUGUGUGCUGUGGAUUGUUUAGAGGAUUAAAAGAAAACUACGCCAAUAACUGAUGGUACGAAUCUAACAUUUAAAGCUGAAGUGUGGAAAUUCUGCCCCAGUACCAGAAGAAAUCAGGAUGGUUUUCAAAAAGGUUUGCCAUUGGAUGAACAAACAGAUAGUCCCGCCCCAAACUCACACUAUUGGUUGAGUGGUUGUUGUUGUUCCAGGAUUAGAUUUUCAUUAAUAAAAAGAAAAUACAUUUCACAUCACA